GAAUUGGUGCUUAAUGGCCCCUCCAAUUGUACAGGUACUAAACCUAAGCCUGGGAAGGGAGGGAACAACUGUACAAAGCUGAACAGCUAUCCGCUUUGUUUUGAUGGUACUGGAACUUUAGUAAACAUCACUAACUAUGUCCAUGAUGCUGCUUGGCCCCAUCGGUGUGUCAAAAGAACUUGCACAGCUAAAGGGUGACUGUUGAACUGCCCCGUUUGGAAUCAAAACUGGUGAUUGUGACUUUGGGCGUACAGUGGACUUAUGGAAGUUGUAACGGCACCCAUGUAGAAACAGGUGUUUUGGCACUUGUGCUGACAGUCCUUGCUCUGCACCAGCUGAGUGAUGUUUGACGAGGAGGAUUGGAAUGAUGAUAUGGAAGCCAGGGCCCUGAAUAAAGCGCUCUUUCACAGGACAGAGUCUCCACACUGCAGUAGCAACCUGAAUGUACAGUCACCUAGUGGAAAGAAGAAACACAAGCUUCUGCAAACACUCCAGACCCUUUCUGCAGCAGGAGCCCCUGAUCAGAAUCCAGAGGCAACACAGUCCAAGCCUGAGUAUGGAACAGCAAAGAAAGCUGGGGCGAGAAACAAGAGGAAAAGGAAGAGAGAGCGGGGAAAGGAGGAGAGUGAAAAAGAUGUGAAGAAACGAAAUAAUGCUCCUUCAAAAUCACCAUUUGCACAAACUGUCACAGGAAAUGAAAACCAGAGCAGUAGGAUGGGACACAAGGAGAGUGGAUAUGUACGAGGUGGCAGUGCAGAGCAGGGCAAUAGAAGCGUAGCUCCAUGUUCAGAGGUGCUAAAGGCAGGUGAGCUGGGAAGAAAGGCAAGACAGGUAACACUCACCCGCCAACAGUGGAAGAACAAAAUGAAAAACAAACAUCGGAACAAAAACAAGUUCCGGUCCAUGGUCACAUCGUCUGCAGAGAAUGGAGAACAAAUGAAGGUGAAGGCUGAAUGUGAAAGGAUUUUGAAAAAAUCAGAACCUAAGCAAGAUAAAGGCACAAAUAUCACAGACAGACACAAAACUAAAAUAAAACAAAAGAAAGGAAGAAGAAGUCGUCAAAAAGGGACUGAUUCAGCAGAGAGAUCAGUCUCUGAGACUAACAAUGAAAAAAUAUCCAACCUCAACAAGAGAACAAGAAAUCAUAACCAGAACUGCGAGACUUUGUCGAAGAGGAGGAAAAGAAUGUGUGAACAGCAAAGGGACUGUAUCUCAGGCAGUCCCAGUCCUCUGGCCAGAGACUUGGCACUUCCUGUGGGAGUAAAUGGCACUAAAUCAGGGCCCCCCAGCCUAACCUCGAACCGCUCAGCAGCUUUGAGAAACAAGAUGGAAGAGCGCCUGAAGUCAGCCCGUUUCCGUUACAUCAACGAGCAGCUGUACACCUCGAGCAGUGCCGACGCCAUGAAGCUCUUCGGUCAGGACCUUGCUACCUUCCAGCUUUAUCAUCGAGGCUUCACGGCACAAGUGGAGCGCUGGCCAGAAAACCCGGUUGAUAGGAUCAUUCAGUACAUCCGAAACAGACCAUCCACUGCUGUCAUCGCUGAUUUUGGCUGUGGUGACUGUAAGAUUGCCCGGAGUGUGAGCAACAAGGUUCACUCAUUUGAUUUGGUGGCACUCAAUGAACAUGUGACUGUAUGUGACAUGGCGAAUGUGCCUUUGCCUGAUGAAUCGGUCGAUAUCGUUGUCUUCUGUCUUGCACUGAUGGGUACUAACCUUCUGGAUUUCCUGACAGAGGCCAAUCGUGUCCUUCGACAGGGGGGGAUCCUGAAGAUUGCUGAAGUGGCCAGCAGAUUUGAAGAUGUCCGGAGAUUCACCAGUGUCCUGGGAUCUCUAGGCUUUAAGCUGAUUUCAAAGGAAGAGUGGGUCUCCUGUGGAGAAAGGGAAACUUCCUCGUCUACAACUAAAGCCUUGCCUUUACAAAAGACGCUGAGAUCCUCUGGAGAUUACGAAUAUACUACAGAAGCAAUGUGAAUGGUGAAUGAUGAGAACAGAGGUUUCUAAUGGUAAUAAGAGGGAAGGUGUUUACUUACAGACUGAUGUAACUGUGUGUAAACAGAACUGCUGAAAAGAAAACAUCCAGUAUUAUUUUGCUGUGUUUUUCAAAUGGGCUGAUUCACAAGAAAUUUGUGAUGCCUCAUGGAGAAGCAGAUGUUUGGGCUGUGCGUACAGAGCAGUGAUUGAUCUGCAGGUGUGUAUGCUUUUGGACUACUGCAGUUGACUGGAACUGUGCAAAUUAAGGUUUUCUACUUCUGAGUAAUUUGUAGAUUUUGACUUUUGUAUUUUUGUAUAAAAAUUGAUGAUGGUUCAUCAAAAGUCUAAAUAAACAAGAGUGGCUGAGAAGGACUUGGUAAUAUAUCUACAACAUCACUCUAAAUUGCUUCCAGCAGACCCUGCUGUAAAACUAAGCAAAGGCUCUUGACUUUCACAGUUCAUGGAAUUGCAUUGUACAAAAGAGGCCUUUUGGCCCAUUGAGUUUGUACUGAUAAAACUACUUGAAUACUGCACUUGGCCCAUAGCCUUGAGUGGCAUGACACUUCACAUGCUUUUCCAAUUACUUCUAAACAUUAUGGAUCUUCCUGCCACAGCUACCCUCCCAGGCACUGCAUGCUGGACAUUCACCACCUUCUUGCUGGAAAAAGACUUUCCACAAGUCCCCUCAACCUCUUGCCAUUCACUUUAAAAAUGUGCUGCUCUUGUUUUUGAUGACCAAGAGGAAUGGCUGAUUUCUAUCCAGCCUGCCCAUGCCUUUCGUAAUCUUAUGCAUCUCUUCUGGGUUCCCUCUUGGGCCUCCUCCUGCUAAGAAACCAACCCAAGCCUAUUCAGCCUCUCCUGAAGUAUUGUGUCCUCGACAUCCUGGCAAGUCUCCUCUGCACCCACUCCAGUGCAGUCGCAUCCAGAAAUGCACAUAGAACUCCAGCUGUAGAGUCGCCAAAGUCCUGUACAGCUUGGUACAACCUUCCUGCUCUUACGGCCUGAUAAUGAAUUCACUACUGACUCUUUGAGUUUGUUGAUUUGAUGAAGUAUCACUGGAAUCAAGAAGUUAGCUAUGCUUUCUUCCCACAGAUACUGCCAGGCUGAGUUGUACCAGCAAUUUUUACUUUUGUUUCAGAUUUCCUGCAUCAGAUUUUUAUUUUGUUACACCUCUGACUCUUUGAAAAUCCACCACGUGAUCAUGUGACAAUCUAGUCCUUCCAGGUAUUACACAGGUGACACUGACACUUGAAGAAGGAGUGAGACUCCAAAAGCUUGUGUCAUCAAACAAAUCUGUUGGACUAUAACCUGAUGUCAUGUGAUUUUUGACUUGGUUCAUCUCAGUCCAACACUGGCACCUCCUCAUCAUGGCUUCAAAGCUUUAAAAUUCUCUUCUCCACAGAUGUUAAACAAACUAGCCACGAAUGUCUGUUGCUCCUUAGAUGUUGCUUGGCCUGCUGUGUUCAUCCAGCUUAACACUUUGUUAUCACGAAUGUCUGUUUGUUCUGUUUAGUGUAUUGUCUGAUUUUUCUUAAAAGCUGAGUACUGUGAAAGCUAGAAAUCUGUAAUAGAAGAGAAAGUACUGUGUAAUCUUAGCAGAUCAUCAAUCAUCAGUAGAGAAAAAAUUAACAUAUCUUUGUAUUAAGCACUCACUAUUUCUCUCUCCGCAGAUAUUGCUAGACCUGAGUUUUUGUGGGUCUUUCUCUUUUUUAUUCUGGAUGUUCGUAGCUGUUGUAUUUUUUAAUAUCAUAUUCUCAUUUUCCAUUA